AUGGCUCCUCAAGACCGUCUGACCCAGGUCUCUGCGCACCUCAACUACCCCCAAGGCAUGCUUGCUGGUCAGGUAGCCAUUAUAACCGGGUCGGGACAGGGCAUAGGGGCAGAGGCUGCUAGGCUUUUCGCCAACGAGGGUGCCAAAGUUGUCGUCGCUGACCUUGACAGCUCCAAGGCCGAGGCCGUUGCCAAAGCAAUCAAUGAUGCAUCUCCUGGUAGAGCAAUUGCCGUUGCAGGAGACGUACAGGAUGGAGCGUACCUGAAGAGACUCGUACAAAGGGCCGCUGAGUUCGGAAACGGGAAGAUCCAUAUUAUCGUGAACAACGCUGGAUUCACCUGGGACGGAGUCAUCCACAAGCUUACUGAGAAGCAAUGGGACACCAUCAUUGCUGUUCAUGCCACUGCUCCUUUCAAACUCGUUCAAGCUGCUGCUCCAUACUUCCGGGUAAAGGACGGUGAACCAAGAAUAAUCGUGAACAUCAGCAGCACCAGUGGAAUUCAUGGAAACGCAGAAUCAAUGGGUAAAGAAAAGGUUCUAACUACGCAUUUCCUCAGUGGACAAGCAAACUAUGCGGUUGGAAAGGCAGGUAUGGUCGGUCUGACCAAAACCAUUGCUAAGGAAUGGGGACCAAAAUUCGGUGUGCGAGCCAAUACUAUUGCCUUUGGAUUCGUCCUCACUCGAUUGACCCAGGCCAAGGAGACCGGGGCCUUCAUCACCACUCCAGACGGCGAGAAGGUUGCUCUCGGCAUCCCCGGCUCUCAGCUGCCUACCCAGACCAAGGAGUCUCAGGAGGCAUACGCUGAUAUUCCCCUUCGACGAGCGGCGAGUGCAACGGAAGCCGCGAGGUCUAUUCUUGGUGUCUGCAGCCCACUGUUUAGCUAUGUCAAUGGCCAAACUAUAAUGGUCACCGGAGGAAGGAAUAUGUAG